UCCGAGACCUUCCUUGUUUUCUCCGGACAGAUGGCUCCCAGCACUGUUUUCAUGGAGCCCGACAACCUGCUGACACCGAAGGAGAAAAACAAACUGAGGAAGCCGGUGGUGGAGAAAAUGCGCCGUGACCGGAUUAACAGCAGCAUCGAGCAGCUGAAAAUGCUCCUAGAGAAGGAGUUUCAGAGACACCAGCCCAACUCCAAGCUGGAGAAAGCCGACAUCCUGGAGAUGACUGUCAGCUACCUGAAACAGCAGAGCCAGCUGCAGAUGAAGACUGCAGGAUCCUUCCAUAAAAGCUCUCAGUUUGACUUCAGAGAGGGCUAUUCCAGGUGUUUGCAAGAAGCUUUCCAUUUCCUCUCUCUUCAUAAAGUCCGAACUGAAACACAGGCCAAACUUCUAAGCCACUUCCAGAAAAGCCAGUCAGCUGCUAUGGAGGCUGCCUUUUCCCCUGGGAAGCCCAGCACCCUGAAGCAAACAUCUCCGAAAGACACCCAUACUCUCUGGAGGCCCUGGUAGUCAGGGGAGUCCUUACUUUGCGGACCUUUGCCUUUUACAGUCUAGAGGAAGGAGCUGACUGCAGCUGAUAGUCCAGCUCUUAUCCUCUCUUCUGUAGGGAAUUUUAUUUCCCCGUGUAUUUUAUUUAUGUGUGAAAAGAAUGGCAUACUUUGACUUUUAUGCGAUCCUUUGGCAAAAGUUUAGGCAUUCUGUUGAGUGGUAUCGAAGCUGUGUAAAUGCUGGUGAUAACAGUACACAGCAUGCUGCCCCGUCAGGGGGCAAAUGUCUUCAAAAUGGAGGAGGGCAUUUUUGUAAAUGUUACAGUUGUGACGGACAAGAAUUGCUGUAGGAGAGAUUUCUCUAAUAUUGCUUGUAAGAGCCAUCAGCUUUGCUCUGGCUUGACUAGCAACUCGUUUGCCCAGUCACUCCGGAGGAUGAAUUUUCUACCCUUUAGUUCAUGCACACUUGAUUAAAAUUCAUUUCCCUCUGUUUGCUGGUAACUUGUACAGCAUCAAAGAUGGUUUUUGUUUUGUUCUGGAUUUUUCCCCAAUGACCCUUUCAUAGUCCUAGUAUGUACAGUGUGAUGGAUGAACAGAAGCUAGGAAACUACGUGGAAUAUUUCUACUAUUUUUCUGCUUUUUUCGAUUUAGAAAAAGAGUAUGUUACUGCUUUAUGUUAAAGAAAAGGUAGUAGGUAAAAGGCUUGAUUUGUCAAUGUUAUACAUUUUGGGUGUAAGUUAUGCUUUUUCGAGCAUUUUCAUUAUAAUAAUGAUUUUUGUUUGUAUUGAGUGGUUUAAUUCAUGGUGGAUAGUGUUUCUCCCACUACUGGGACAGCCGUAUGGCUUCCAUGCAUACUAUGUAUGCGUCUCUGUGUUUGUAGAGAGCAAUAAAAUGCAUUUGUGUGCAA